GGAUGCCUCAGAGGUAGACGAGCCUAAUGACGCAACGGGUUUACUCAAUACAGCUUGAAAUUGUGACGGACAGGAUAAAACUUGCAGGGUUUCCCACAUUUCCUAUGACCAACAGCAGGCUGAGGACUUGGAAACUGACAGAUAUAACGUGACAGGCACACAGACCCUUUCCUCACUUCUGCUAACAAGCUUCUCCGGACACCGGGAACCAACAGAUGCAAACUUUCACAAUGGCAUACCUUAUAUUACUUUUUCUACCUUGUGUUAUCAGUACACGGGCGCGCAUAUUAUCAGCUGGGUAUGAAACAGUCAUCUUCAGAGAGCCAUACAUGGAGAGCCGGAAAGUUCUAACUACAACAGGCAAAGAAUGUAAAUUCCCAUUUCGUCAGGGUGGAAGGAUUCAUCAUCACUGCCUCACCAUCCUAUCCUCAAAACCAUGGUGCUCCCUCACACAUAAUUUUGAUCGGGACCAGCAGUGGGGUUUCUGUGCACCAGAGAAAACUCAGCCAGAUGUGUUUGUCCACACGUCACGCAGAAUCCUAGAUCCAUGUCAGGUGAACCCGUGCCAGAAUGGAGGCGUCUGCACGCUGAUCCCACACGGACGCUCGUUCGAGUGCUCCUGUCCUGAGAGCUUCACUGGGAGACUCUGUAAGCAGAAGAAGUGCUAUGAAAUCGUACACCUGCGCUAUUAUGACAUCGGAGAGUCUUGGGGACGAAUUCACCUCCGCAAUGUGGAACAGUGCAGAUGUGUGGCAGGGGAAAUCAAGUGUGAAAGAGUUCGCUACACAAUGUGCCGUUCAAACCCUUGUCAGAAUGACGGAGCGUGUCGACUGAUCACAGCCAGCAGCAAGGAAGUGUGUAACUGCAGACAUGGCUACGGCGGUCCGUACUGUAGCGUCGAGCCGGAGUCAGAGUGCUAUAACAGCCGGGGCACAGAUUACAGAGGGGUGGUGGACACCACGGCGUCCGGCGCCCGGUGUGUGGCGUGGAACUCUGACCUGCUGUAUGAUGAGCUCCACGUGGGCACAGUGGUCGCCUCGCCCCGUAGGGGCCUCGGGGAACAUGCCUACUGCAGAAACCCAGAUAAAGACAAGAUGCCGUGGUGCUACACACUAAAUGACGGCGCCAUCUCCUGGGAGUACUGUGACGUCCCCUCCUGUGUGAUGUCUGUGUCUACUUCGCGAAGGAUUAACCCGAUUAAUGUCCAGCCCAGCAUCAAGAGACCUAAGCCCUCCAAGCCCGGCAAAAAGCCUGUGUGUGGGACAAAGCACAAGAAGAGGUUAUCGAUAGCCAGGGGGCGGAUUAUGGGCGGAACCUCAGCUCUGCCAGGUACUCACCCCUGGAUGGCAGCCAUUUACAUCGGAGAGUCAGACUUCUGCGCCGGCACCAUGGUCUCUUCUUGUUGGAUCAUCUCUGCGGCUCACUGCUUCUUCCGCAACCCCCUGAAGUCUCAGAUCCGAGUGGCGCUCGGCCAGCAGAAAUUCAACGUCACCGAUCCAAACACCAGGACAUUCGGAGUGGAGAAGUACAUCUUUCCCAAACACUUCUCAGUGUUUAAUCCAACUCUACAUGACAUUGUUCUGAUCAAACUGGCAAAGGAGGACGGGCGGUGUGCGAGGAGAACCCCGUUCAUCAGACCCAUCUGUCUCCCAGACCAAAGCGUGACGUUCCCCGAUGACUACUGCUGUACUAUUAGCGGCUGGGGACACAUGCAUGAGAAGGCAGAGGGGUACUCUAGUCUGCAGGAGGCUGGAGUGAGACUGAGUUCUCAUGACGAUUGUAGGAAGCCAGAAGUUUAUGGCAACCAUGUCACUGCCGACAUGAUUUGCGCGGGACUUAACGGCUGUGUCGACGCCUGCCAGGGCGACUCUGGGGGCCCUCUGGCUUGUGCGAGGAAUGAUGUCAGCUUCCUGUAUGGCAUCAUCAGCUGGGGAGAAGGCUGCGGCCGCUCGGGAAAACCUGGCGUUUACACUAAAGUGGUGAACUAUAUCGAUUGGAUCAAUUCAGUGAUCAGACGCAAACCCAAGGCUUCAUGAGCUACAUUACCUGGACAAUAGCUUUAAUAUAUGGAGAUAUUGUACUAUAUUUUAUUCUUUUUUUUGUAUUUCUUAUGCUUGUGGAAGUUUAUAGAUUAUAUUUUUUAACUGUGAAACAUUUUGUGACUGAAUAAACCUUUACUGACUUGAUAAAGC